AUGAAGGCUAUACUUCAACGUGUUCUAUCUGCUUCUGUGACAGUAGACAAGCAGCUGAUAUCAUCAAUUGGGAAAGGCAUAUUAGUAUUUGCCGCUGUAGCUCCUGGUGAUACAGAGAAAGAUGUAGAAUCGUUAGCAGCAAAAGUCCUGAAAAUGCGAUUAUGGGAUGAUGAGAAUGGCGGUCGGUGGAAACACAAUGUGCAAGACAUCCAAGGAGAAGUUCUCUGUGUCUCGCAAUUCACAUUACUUGCCUCAACGAAGAAGGGUUCAAAACCAGACUUUCAUGGAGCCAUGGGAGGGGACCAGGCUAGGGAAUUAUAUCAACUCUUUGUAACAAAAGUCCAGCAAGGUUAUGCGUCAGAAAGAGUCAAAGAUGGUGUGUUCCAAGCAAUGAUGGAAGUGGCUUUGGUGAAUGAUGGCCCGGUAACACUCGACAUGUCAACCAGGUCAAAUGAGAAGGCAUGA